UUACACUAAGCCUGUCCGUUAAUCGCUUCUGUCCGGUUCCCGGGAUCCAUCCUCCUGCAGUCAGCUGGUCCUGAACACUCUGUGAGACACACACACUGCUCUGACACCAGGAGGAGGCUGCUGCUAGCGUCAUGGCGAUGAAGAUGGAUUUAAAUAGCAUCAUAGAGCAAAUGGAGAUCGGAGAGCAGGACUCAGCUCUGACGGCUCUGCAGAGCUACAACCAGGAGAUGAACCACUGCUUCACAUUCAACAAGGAAGACGAGCAGGACAGAAAGGUCCUGGGGGAGUUGGUGAUGGGGUUCCUGAACCGGGACCUGCAGCCCUCCUGUCACCUGGCCUGUCUGGAAACAGUCCGGAUCCUGUCCAGGGACCCUCUCUGCCUGGACCCCUUCACCAGCCGCUCUGCCAUGUCCACUCUGGCCCGCUUCGCCGGCAUCGCCGUGUCCAGUCCUGGGGGGGCCCACAACCAGGGGGAGGAGGGCCAAGCUGAGGGUGAGGAAGGAGAGAGGGGAGAGGCAGCAGAGGAAUGCAAUGAAGAGGGGAAGGAAGCCUCCCCCCCUUCAGAAAACGCUGACCAGGAAGUGAUUACUGAGGCUCUGAAGUCCAUCUGUAACCUGCUGCUGCACAACCAGACAGGACAGGUGGUCGCAGCAGAUCUCCAGCUGAUAAAGGGCGUGGCAGAGAGGCUGAAGCAGUGUCAUGAUCCCAUCUGGAACCAUGAGGUGCGUUUCUUUGACCUGCGCCUCACCUUCCUGCUGACGGCCCUGAGAGUGGAGGUCCGGGCGCAGCUGGUCCAGGAGCUCCACGGCAUAAGUCUGCUAAGUAACUGACUUCCUGUUUAACUGUUGACCUGGAAAACCAACAGCAGUUGUUUUGGUUACAAAUGUUAAGAGGCAACUAUCCUAAAAUGUUUCCACUUCCAGU